UUAACGAAAGCGUUUGUGUGAAACAGAUUAGCACAUGUCUUGCUCAUUCAAUGGGCGUUGAAAAAAAUGGGAAAAUCUAAAGAUAAUAGUUACGUUGUUAACAAAGAAGCAUAUCAGCGGAUAAAUUUCCUGUACCAGGCAGCACAUCUGUCCCUGACCAGAAGUCCAGCAGACCUUAGCCUCUGUAAAUUCUACAUUAACAUCAUGAAGACCAUCACUAAAAGACUGGUGUUGAGACUACAUCCAAGUAUGAAGAGGAAUUUCUGUAGGCGGUGCUGUGUUCUGAUGGUCCCAGGUGUGUCUGCUACAGUCCGAACUGCAGGAAAGCGUGAAAAACACACAAUUGUAACCUGUCUAGAGUGUAAAAGCAUAAAGAGGUAUCUGUGGUGUGAAAAUCAUAAGUUGUGGGCAGACCACCCAGAGUUGUGGCUGAAGAGGGAGGAACUUACAUGACUGCAUGCAACAGAAUUACCUAGUUGAAGGAACAUUGAGAAAGGACCUUAAAGGCUAUGAAGAAAGAUGGUCUCAUGUGAUUUGAAGACUAAACUUGGUAGUACUUUGGGAACUUGAAGGCAACCUACACCUGCUGUUUCUGGCAAUGGGGCUUGAAGGCAUUAGAUACAAUAGGCAUCUGGCAUGGCAACAGACAUAUUAGAUCUUGGGAUCUGGAAGGCAGCACUUAACAGCGAACAUAUCUGGUCCCAGUGAUGUUGAAGGCAUUAGUGAUUGUAUAGAUCUUGGAACCUUGAAGGGAAGACAUAGUUGAUCUCUGGACUUGAAGGCAGUACUGAAUGGACAUAGUUGAUCUCUAGGACCUUGAAGGCAAUAAUAGAUAAUAGAUUGUGGGUCAAGGGAAAUUAAAUGUAGACUGACUGAAGUGGAUGGUGUGAUAUAACCCGACGUAAAGAACAGACUAUGGUGUUGAACACCAUAGUGAGGUCAGGGAAUACUUUCUGUAUACCAGGUGAGGGAAUACAGACAUAUUUAUUUGGAGCUUUGUUAUCAAUUCAGACAUUAUUACAAUGGCUCUGAUUUUUAUUUGUUAAAUCUUCAAAUAUCUAGAUACUGGUAUUAUGAAGGAAUUAAAUCAUAUCAUUACAAUGUA